CUUCCAGGCGUCCCGACCUACCGCACCCACAUCCAAUACGUCCCCCAGCGCCCCUCCCUCCUCCCAAAGACGCCCCGCGACUUCCUCGACACGCUCAACACCUUCCGAUCCCGCCGCAAAGCAGACAAGGCGGUCGGACUCGAGGACUAUCACAAUGUCUGGGAUGUGGCGAGAUCAUGGGGAAUCGACGAUGAGCUGUGGGAUAGAGCUUGGAAUACGUUGAGUGGUGGGGAGUCGCAGAGGAUUGCGCUUGCUAUUGCGUUUGGGCUGAAUACGGCGGAGGUGUUGUUGCUUGAUGAGCCUACCUCAGCGCUCGACGCGACGACGUCCGAGCUCGUGGAGAAGACGCUCGUCAAUGGAAUCCAUAAUCCGGAAACGAACCUCAAGGCCAUCAUCUGGAUCACACACUCCGAAGAGCAGUCGCAGCGGGUGGCGACGCGGACCAUCCAGCUCACGCCGACGAAGGUCGUGGAAGAGCCCGUCCCGGACGUGUAG